AUGGGUGGCCACCGGGUGCGGGGUAGCCCGGCCAACAUGAAUCACCCGCACAGCCGGCAUCACCGGGCCAACAUCUCCAUCGAGAGCAAUUCCAUCCAGCGGAUCGAUGGGACCGGCGGUCGGCAGUCGGGUGGUGUGGGUCAGGGUCAGGGGACCCUGGCAAGCAGCCUACCGUCGCCUGGCCUGCUGAAGCGUGUGUUCCUGUCGAACCGGACCGUCACGUGUAACGAUGGAUCGCAGGCGGGCUUCUAUCUGCGCAAGUCGCCCGGCUCGCGGCGCUGGGUCGUGUUCUUCGAGGGCGGCUGGCACUGUUUCGACCACAAGUCCUGCAGGACCCGCUGGCUGAAGCAGCGCCACCUGAUGACCUCGGUCCAGUGGCCCGAAACGCGGGACGUGGGCGGGUUGCUGUCGGCGCGUCCGUCGGAGAAUCCUUACUGGUACAACGCGAACCACGUGUUCGUGCCGUACUGCAGCAGUGACUCGUGGAGCGGCACCAAGGUGCGGCCAGAUACACGCGACGGCCUGCGCUUCAUGGGAUCGCUCAUCGUUCGGCAGGUGAUGUCGGAUCUGAUCCCGCUCGGGCUAGGCCACUCACAGGGUGCCGACCUUCUGAUGGCUGGCUCGUCGGCUGGCGGGCUCGGCGUGAUGCUCAACCUGGACAAGGUGCGGACGUUGCUGCAGAACGAACGAGGUCUGAAGGUGAGCGUUCGCGGAGUAAGCGAUUCCGGCUGGUUCCUGGACCGGGAACCGUACACUCCGGGUGCGGUGGCCGCAUCCGAGGCCGUCCGGCAGGGCUGGAAGCUGUGGGACGGAGCACUACCCCAGGCGUGCGUCGCCGAGCACCCGAAGGAACCGUGGCGAUGCUACUUCGGCCAUCGGCUCUACAACACGCUGAAAUCGCCCCUGUUCGUGUUCCAGUGGCUGUUCGAUGAGGCGCAGAUGCGAGCGGAUAGCGUUGGAGCUCCGGUGACCCCGCAGCAGUGGGAUUACAUCCACGAUAUGGGCGGCGCUCUGCGCGAGUCCCUCAACAACGUGUCGGCCGUGUUCGCACCGUCCUGCAUCGGGCACUCGGUGCUGACGAAGCGCGAUUGGCUGAAGAUCCGGAUCGACGACAUCUCGCUGGCGGACGCGCUCCGCUGCUGGGAGCAGUCGCAGUGGCGCUCGGUCAACCGGAGCCCCCAGAAGUUGCACCGGAAGCACAACCAGGGCGGCCGACGCAAGCAGAAGGGGGGCCAACAACCGGUGGAAGGUGACGCUGGCAAUGGGCGGCCCCCGCAGUGGCCAAAGCCAUCCAAAGAGGAGCGCGAACGGCGGCGCCAGGAGCGCCAGGAGCGCCGGAAGCGUCAGCAGCAGCGGAAACAGAGCCCCGGAUCGGUCGGGACGACUAAAGUUCCUAGGCUGGACCGCUCACCGAACGGUACCACUUCCGUCCAGCGGCCGAACCGAAGUGGGGCCGCCCACCCGAGACGCCAACAGCAACCGCAGCAGCGGCGCAACAACGCCGGGCAGCCGCUGAAGGAUCCUCCGGGGCAGCCGCACAAGCUGCACAACCCGAACAAGAAGCGGCUGGGCGGUGGUGGUAGUGGUGGUGGCGGUGGCGGUGGGCACCGGAAACGCAAUCGGAAGGCGCGCGGCAACGGGGGCCGGAACCGGGCCCCGUCCCCGGUGGUGCCGGUGGCCGAACCAAAGAAGUGCUCGCUCCGGCUGCUGGAGCGCUGCAGCUGGCCCCAGUGCAACCACUCGUGCCCCACGCUCACCAACCCGCUGACGGGCGAGGAGAUGAAGUUCCUGGAGCUGCUCGCCUCCUUCGGGCUGGACAUGGACGCGGUGGCCACGGCCCUCGGCGUUGACAUGCAAACCCUCAACAACAUGGAUCAUGCGGAGCUGGUCAAUCUCCUGACGCAGCAGGUGACGUAG